AUGAGAUGUACAAUUUGUGGUUCGGUUGGUCACAACAAAAGAAGUUGCAAGGAGAAAAAUAAUCCGGCCUUUCAAAAACGUGGUACCAAUGCAAAAAGAGGGAGGCCUAGGAAUGUACCUGUCACUGUUGGCGAAGCUGGAGGCGCUAGUUCGAACACAACGGUGCCACCUCGACGAGGGAGGCCUAGGAAGGUUCCUGGAAAUGAUGGUGUACGUGAAUCAAGCUCGAACACAACGGUACCGCCCCGACGAGGGAGGCCUAGAAAGGCACGUGCAACACCUGAUGUCCCUGGCCCUAGUUCGGUUACAGCAAAUGACAAACGAGCAAAACAAAAAGAACUGCGACUGGUUAGACAAGGAUUCGGUUGUCGAAGUUUUGACGGCGAGGGAAGGAACAUAUACAUGAGAGACCCCGGUACAAACCGUUCUAAGUUUAUUCAUGGCAAUAAAGCUAUUGCUAAAGCUGCACGCGAAACACGCCAGACUUCUGCAUCCUGUACCACAGAUGUCCCAGGUUAUGCAAGACCAACAGCCUCCAGUAUUGGCUCUGCAGUUGGUGGUCGCGGUGGUCGAUCAGGUGGUCGAGGAGGAAGGGCAGGUGGCCGAGGAGGCACGGCAGGUGGCCGAGGAGGUGGUCGAGGUGGUGGUCGAGGUGUUGUGCCUUUGCAAGAGAGUGUUGCAAAUGGAUGA